AGGAAGUUAAAGGGCGAAAACUGGUUUUAAUAGCUAGUGGGCGGACCAUGAUUGCAGCAGUCUUGAAUGCGACGUUAUCAUAACACCGCAUCUUAAGGACGGGGGCUUUCGGCAUCCCUCCGCGAGUGACCGAUGCUGUAAAGCGAAAAAAACAAGCCAGUCAUGGGGAAUAGUGAGGAGGAGGAAGGAUGCCAGUUGAGCCCCCCUCCUCCUUCUACAGCGGGACCGCAGCCAGCAUCAGACUAAAAAGACAAAAAGGAUGGCUCAGUCUGUGAGGAGGGUAGACAUCGGCAUGGAGCACAAACCGCAGAGGGACAAGACCCGGACCAGCUACUUUGGCAAUGUGAAGAGCAGACUGGGCUCAAAGCUGCCCGCGGGGGUCUCUCAGCCUCCGCAUUUCGCCAAGCCGCCUUGGGACACCCAACCUCAGGCCCGAAGCUUGCAGGAGCCUUCAGCCAGCCACCAGCAUCAUCAGUACCAAACUGCGGCUGGCCAACCUCUAGACCACAUCCCGCACAUUAGAAACCCGAUACUACGACAGUAUUACCUGCAAGGGACCUCAUGGGACUCCAACAUGGCAGUGAAGCAAGAGCAAACCAAACAGUUGUCACAUGAGGCCCAAAGCAGCACGGAUGAGUCAGUGUUCAACAUCUCAUCCCGCUUCGGCAGCGGUGACACAGCUCCUCCUCCUCGGUCACAAUCAGCACCUUUGUCCGCCGCCCUUGUCCGCAUGGAGCAGCAGCAGCAAGCCGAAGAGGUGAAGAGCACCGCCACGGCCGGUUCCGAGGAAAAGACGUCGCCGGGGAUGGUUCCCGAUUUCGCAGAGCGACUCGCUGCUACUGCCCAGUCGCCCUUGCCUGAAGCAGAAUAUGACAAACUACUGGAUGUGGAGGCGGUUCCGAUGCCUGACGGACAGCUCUGCCUUUUGGCUCUUCCGCCCGAGUGCUGUCAGGGGGAAGGUCCAGAUGCCACGCCUUAUCUCAAAUUAUUCUGCCGCCACAUCACUGACCGCAAGGGUGUGGUUUCGGGAAUCCUCCUGGUGACGACGAAUAAACUCUUCUUCGACCCGUGCAAAACGCACCCACUGGUGAAAGAGCACGGAUGCGAGGAGUACCUCCUGUCAUGCUCUGUGGACCAGCUGUCGUCCGUUUCCUUCUACUCUGAUAUCUCACAUGUUCACUUUCACUACUCCCAUCAGAGGAGAAAAGGCAGAAAACUUUUCCACAGACUGAAAAAUCCCAAAAGCCAGGAUCAGAAGAAGGAAUCGGUUUCACUUCGAGCACCUGCAGAGCUCUCCACUUUGAGUCUCAAAAAGGAGGCCUGUGCAGAAAGUGACUGCAAAAAAGUACCUGAGGAGCAUCUUGAUAAGAAUCCAUCUGAAACAUCUUCAGAAGCUUCCGGAGGAGCCCUCGGUGUGGCCGCCACCUUCUGCUGCGGCGCUCCGGAAGUGUCAAGUCACGUGAAGACGACGGAUGAGGCGCGAUCCGCUCCUGCGUCGAGUCAGACUGCAGUGCCUGCAAAGCCCUCAUCAGAAAACCCCAGGUGUGUUAUCUUUAUCCGACUGCGGGUUCAGUCGUCGGCAGGAAGGAAAAAGAAGGCCGGAGGAUUUCAAUUUGGAAUGACUGAAACGGCAGCUGCCAGACGGGAAGCUUGGAUCGCCCUUUCGCAGGAGAGUUCCGACGAGCUCCACGCCUUUCUCAAGCGCCGUCGACCCGACUUGUGUCUGCUCAAGGGCGGAGGAGAAGAGCACGGGGAGGCGGAACAUAAUGAAGAGGAGUUUGUACUGCUGGAGGAUGAAGAGGAGGAAGGAGUGUCACCGAAGCAGCACAGUUCAGGAGAUGACUGGGAGAUGGUGUUGAUGGAGGACAACGGGGACAAGCUCAUGGACAGGGAGCCGGAAGGACUUAACGCCAUUGUGGAGAACAGCCAGAUUUUAGAAGCCUCGGAUGUUAGAGAGCUGUGCAAGGAGCUGCCCCCGAAAACGGUGGGCCACGCCUGGCAACUGGCGUACAGCACGUCUCGCCACGGCGCCAGCCUCAAGUCGCUCUACCGCAAAAUGAGCGCCGCAGACUCACCCGCUCUCGUGGUCAUCAAAGACGCCACGGACGAGGUAUUCGGGGCGUUCCUCUCGCACCCGUUGAGGCUCAGCGAUGCCUUUUACGGCACGGGAGAAACCUUUCUCUUCAUGUUGCAUCCUCGAUUCAAGUGCUUUAGAUGGACCGGGGAGAAUUCCUUUUUCAUUAAAGGAGACUUGGACUCAUUCGCCAUUGGCGGAGGAAGUGGUCACUUUGGUCUGUGGUUGGACGAGAAUCUCUACUUGGGUCGCAGCAGCCCCUGUUACACCUUUAAUAAUUGUUGCCUCUCGGAAACGGACGACUUCCGCGUCAUGGAGCUGGAGGUGUGGACAUUCGGCUGAGGUGUCACACACUUUGAACGCGGCUGUCAUUUCAUGCUAUCAGGUCAGGAUUUAUUCACAUGGUCGGAUUUGGACCAGCAGGACUUUAGAGCGCCAGCUGCCGGAAGGGACGUUUUAAUGGAUGACUCAUUCCAGAGGGAACGCUGUCAAGAGACUUUGCACUUUGUCAAUGGGUUGUUUAUUUUUUGAACAGCACUGCAUCUUUGUGCCGCAGCCCUGUAGUCACAUUAGUUAAUGAAAAGACACACGAGAAUAAUAUUCAUAAACAUGCGUAUGCUAAUGCUCCCUUCUUGACGGGAUGUCAUCAGUAGGCUGAAUAAAAUAAAGAUAUUAUUAAUGCAGA